AUGCUCCUUGAGGAAGUUGCUCCAAAACAAAUACGCGUCAAUCACGACGCUUGUGCUUGGACCUCGUCCAACACAACACGAAACAUCCGCUUCCGUCGGGACCACGUCCCCAACACCACAAGGCAGGUGCCUCCUGCCCCCGCAGCAAGCGUGGAUGAGCUGGCCGCUCCAGCCACUGGCCAGCGCCUGAGCUCGGCUACCGACCUUCAGCACUCGACGGAACGGCGUCUUCGUCCUCACGACGCAUGCGUCCGUAACGCGAACGACCACAUUCACCGCCAAGCGGGAGGUAACGAAGUGAUGUUCCACCCCGUGGACUUUUUGUACGCGCUAUUGUCGAUUCACAAGCAGGUCUCGGACCCUGAGUACUAA